CGGAGACGCCCCACUUACCUCCUCGGGAGCUUUUUUUUGCGAAGGAGCGACGGGGGAGGGGAGAGGGGGCGAGCAGGACCCACCUUCUCCAAAAGCAGGACUCGGCUCGGACAAGGCGCUUUGGACAGCGGUUGGCUGCCGGCUCCGUAGGACUGAAUUGGGGCUCAGAUUUUGCUUUUAAUCUUAUUGUGGCAACACAACAUGUGUUCUGGCCUGUUGGAGAACUAUGUGGCUGCCAUGGUGUUGAGUGCAGCUGGAGAUGCCCUGGGCUUUCGUAAUGCAAAAUGGGAAUUUCAACGAAGCGGUGAGAAAAUUCACAAUGAAGUAGCCAAAAUGGGUGGCGUGGACCAGCUUAACAUACAAGGUUGGAAGGUCAGCGAUGACACCAUUAUGCACUUGGCUACUGCUGAAGCCUUGGCUGCUGCUGGCAAAAACCCAGAUUUAUCCCACUUGUACAAACUCCUUGCAACAAACUACAGGGAUUGCAUGGAUGACAUGACUGGACGAUCUCCAGGUGGUACUUGCAUGUAUUAUGCUAUGAAUUUGGAUCCAGAUGACCCAAAUAGCUGGAUACCUAGUUUCUGUGAAAAUGGAGGAGGGUGUGGAGCUGCCAUGAGAUCAAUGUGCAUUGGACUAAGAUUUUGUCAUCCAGAAGACCUGGAAACAUUAAUUGCAGUCAGUAUUGAGAGUGGACGAAUGACUCACCAUCAUCCGACUGGUUAUCUUGGAUCCCUUGCAUCUGCUCUUUUUACUUCUUAUGCUGUGAAUCAAAAACCAAUAAAGGAAUGGGGAAAAGGUCUAAUGGAAGUGAUCCCUAAAGCAAAGGCCUAUAUCAAGAAGUCCGGCUGCUUUGUAGAGAAAAAUUUGGAGCAUUGGAACUACUUUGAAAGCCAGUGGAAGAAAUACCUGAAAAUCAGAGGCAUCUCAGACGGGAUCUCUCCUCCUUCCUUCCCUAAAGAAUUUGGUGUGAAAGAGAGAGACGAAUUCUACACUUCCUUGAGUUUCUCUGGGUGGGGAGGUAGUAGUGGCCAUGAUGCACCCAUGAUUGCCUAUGAUGCCAUCCUGGGCUCUGAGAACUGGACUGAAUUAGCUCUGCGGAGUUUCUUUCAUGGUGGGGAUAGUGACUCUACUGCAGUGAUUGCUGCAUGCUGGUGGGGGGCAAUGUAUGGCUUCAAAGGGGUUAGUGAAAAAAACUAUAAAAAUAUUGAAUACAAAGACAGACUGGAAAAAGUGGCUAAGGAACUCUAUCAUCUCAGCUUGCCUACCCAAAAGUCCUACUGCUAGAGGUGAAGCAAUUGUUAAAAUUCGGCAAAAUAUUUACCUGUGAACUUAUAAAAGAAUGCGAAUAGUGAAUACAUCUAGAUUGUGAUUUAAGUUAUUCAGUAAAUAUUACUGAAAAAUCUAUCAUCUAUACUUUAAAAAACUUGAAGAAUGUAUUUGAGGAUAAUGUAACAUUUAGCUGGAAAAGUAAAGGGGAAAAGAUACCUCUCAUUAUAUUUGUAAAAUUGGUUGGGACCUCUAAUCUUUUGUGUUUUGUUUGUAUUUAGGAAUGUAGCAGAAGAAUCUGAAACAAGACUUUUUGACACAUGCAUUGGGCUUUCUAGGAAGUGUGUAGGCAGAUAAACAUUGUCCCUGCUCCAAUUUUACUUUUUGGAUUGUAGUUUUAGAUGAUCAGGGAGAGCCAUUAGUCCUCUAGCUGCAACUGAGCUGUUGUCAUCCAUCAUUUCAAAUUGCUGCCAUAAAUAUAAGCAAUUCAAGUCCUGCCUUAGCCAUGAAAGCCAGCUGGGUGUCUAUGGGCCAGGCACUGUCUCAGACCAACUCACCUCCUAGGGUGGUCAUUGUGGGGAAAAUAGGAGGGUGGGGUGUUGGAUGCAUUGACUGCCUUGAGUUAUUUGUAUUCAUAAUGUAUUUAUGUAAAAAAUAAUAAAGGCGGGAUAUGCAUACAUACGUACACAUUCACUCUGUGUACUUUUGACUGACAUCUUUGCAAGCAGUGAAAUACACCUUGGCCUCAGGAGUUAUAACAUUAAGUUUUGCUUAGCAUUUUGCAAACUUUGUUCAUUCAAACCAAAUAGAGUUCUGAACUAGUUGUAUUGAAGAUGUCUGGCUCAUAGAUUAUUUAUUUGUAUCCUGUCUUUAUUAUUUUUACGAAUAACUUAAGACAGUGAACUUAUCUAACACUUCCUUCUCCUAUUUCCCCCCAAACAUACACCCUAUGAGGUGAGCUGGGCUGAGAGACAAUGACUGGCUCAAUGACCAUUCACCAUGGUAAAAGUGGGAUUUGAACUCAUGUCUCAUCGUUUCUAGCCUGGUGCUUUAAUUACUAGAACAAACUGCUCUCAGACUAAAAAAAGUCUUUGUGUUUUAAGGACAAUCUCUUAAGGAAGAACAAAUGAUAAACAAUUGCUAUGCAUAGAGAUAUUUUGCAUAACUCCAAUAAUAUACUGCCACAUUAGCUUAGAUUCCCAUUCCUUCCUCAGAAUUGUUGAAUCUUUAAGGAAAAGCAGAUCUUCCGUUUGCCAUUAUAGCUAAGCUCCAGCAAAGUUAUAUUUUUAUAAUCUUAGCUUUCAGGAUGAAAGGGGAACAGACCAGUGAAAUCCAUUCUUCUGUACAAAUGAGUCACUGUAGACAUUUGUUCAAUGCUCAUGUUGUGUGUCCAUGCCAGUGAUGCCAAGCCAUGGUAAGAGCAAAAACAUUGUGGCUUGCUGUGGUUGAACACCCAACUUGACAUAAACAGCACAUUGAUAGCUGGUAUAAAAUUUUUGUUAACAGUUCAAAACCAUUAUUAACACAAGACAAUAAAUCACCAUUUUAACACAGUUUA